UUACGUCAUCGAAAGUCACUAUAAAAGCCGCAACACGCGCUCAUUUCCUAUCAAAGCAGUUGCUUAUAACUUCAUAUUCUCUCAGAACGACACAUCAAGGUCUACACAGUUACAGUGACAUGGCUUCUGUAGAUGUUUUGACAAACCAGAAUGUAGUUGCCCGAGUGGCUAACCUUCCCUUGGUGAUUUCGACCUAUGACAUGGUGUCGAAUGUGUACUGCAACACUAAGGAUAAUCAUCCAUACUUAAAGUCUGUCUGUGAGGCAGCUGAGAACAGUGUGAAAACUAUAUCCUCAGCUGCUUUUAACACAGCUUUACCCUUCAUUGAGAAACUUGAGCCUCAGAUUUCUUUUGCAAAUACGCUGGCAUGUAAAGGACUGGACAAGAUAGAGAAGACCUUGCCAAUCCUGAACAAACCCUCUGAUGAGAUUGUUGCCAAUGCUAGAGAGGCGGUGACCGGUGCCAAGGACAAGACCAGGACGGUGGUCAGUGAUGGAGUCCAAACAGUGAUGGAUAGUAAGGUGGUCAGGAUGGUGAGCAGUGGAGUGGACACAGCACUGAGUGCAUCUGAGACCCUGCUGGAGCAAUAUUUACCUGGAACUGAAGAGGAGAAAGAGACGAAUGAUACAGGAUUUGAGAAUGACAGGGAUGCACCCAGUUACUACGUGAGACUGGGAUCUCUCUCCACCAAAGUGAGAGACAGGGCUUACCAGAGAGCUGUGGCCAAGGUUUUUAAUGCCGUUCAGCGCAGCCAAGAGUCCAUAUCCAAGCUAAACCACACCAUGGAUCUGAUUGAAUAUACCAAAACAAACGUUAAUGGUGCCAACCAGAAGGUUCAUGAGAAAUUGGGUUCACUGAUUGGAUGGAAGACCACGUCUAAGAGUCAAGAAGAGAUCGACAGUAUCACAGACAAUGAAGCAGAGCAAAUCGAAUCACGCACCUUGACAAUCGCCCACAAUCUCAGCCUUCAGCUUCAGACCACAUGUCUUGUCGUGGUGUCCAACCUUAAAGGUCUCCCUCAACACGUCCAGGUCCAUGCCCUCACUGUCAGUCACUCAGCCAUGGAAAUCUACACCGCCUUCAGUAAAGCCACCGUCUUGGGAGAUCUCUCUGAAACUGUCCUCACCAGCAGCAGAUCUCAAGUGAACAGAUUAAAGGACUCCAUGGAUAACGUCAUGGACUACCUGGUCAACAAUACACCUCUUAAUUGGCUGGUAGGUCCAUUUUACCCACGCAUUGGAUCUACGACUGUAAACAGCGUCAACGCCGGUCAAUCCACAAACUCUCAGCCUGAGCUGGAGAUGCAGUCAAUUGAAUAACCAGGCUUUUAUACAUAAAUACAAUCAUGCAUUUAUACAAGUGAAUCUGUUUGUACGGUGUGUUUUGCAAAAGCAAUAUGAUUGUUCUUAACCAAGUGCAUAUUAAACGUGUCAAGUUUACUUAUCUAAUCUUAUCAUCAAUGACCAAACUGCAUGCGAUCAAACCUACACUAUAUUUAAUCUGUUGUCUUGUUAGUGUCUUUUUACAGUUUUAAUAAAUGAAUGCACUCAU